AUGCACAACCAACUAAUCCAAUGGUUUGAGAGGUUACUCCUCAACCUGUGGUUUCUGAAGGACUUUGUGGACCUGAUUAUUGCGGCCGCCUUUUAUUUCUUCGAAGCUGUCAUCCGACUGCUAGUCCGGGCGCCCAGGAAGGACGUGGAAGGGGAGAUCGUUCUAGUGACGGGAGCUGCCCACGGCGUUGGCAAGCGGAUCGCAGAGGAGAUGGGUCGGCUCGGCGCCACCCUGGUCCUCUGGGACGUGAACUGGGAGGCGCUGGAGAAAACGGCCAGGGAACUGAGGAGCACCCUUGACGUGCGCGUCUACGCCUAUGCCUGCGACUGCAGCAGACGCACGGAGGUCUACAAAGCUGCAGACCUGGUGAAGAGGGAGGUGGGGGACGUGUCCAUUCUCGUGAACAACGCGGGCGUGGUAACUGGAAAGUACUUUUUCACAGAAGCUCCAGACAAUCUGGUAGACAGAACACUGAGGGUCAAUGUGGCGGCCCAUUUCUGGACCUACAAAGCUUUUCUCCCAGCUAUGGUCUCCCGCAACCACGGCCAUCUUGUGUGUGUGGCCUGCCAUGGAGGACUUCUCGCCAUGAAUGGUUUGGCAGAUUAUUGUGCGAGCAAGUAUGCAGCUGUAGGUUUUGCAGAAUCUAUUGCCUUGGAGCUUCUCGUCCUUAAAAGAGAGGGUGUCAAAACAACCAUUGUGUGCCCUUUCUUGAUAAAUACAACAAUGUUUGGAGGGUGCCAGACAAAGUGGCCUUCGUUUCUGCCGAUAAUAGACCAGAAAGACGCCGCCAAGCGGAUUGUGGAUGCCAUUCUGCGGGAGAAGAUGUACUUACUAUUGCCCUGCAGCUUGUACUUCCUGGUGGCCUUGAAAAGUUUCAUGCCAGCUAAAUUGGGGAUAAUCUUUGUCAACUUCUUUGGUGGGCUGGAUCUGAUGGACCAAUUCAGAGGAACUCCGGUGCCAUUUAUCACCUACAAAAAGCCACAACGGCAGAGGGACAACAGCUCCAUUGGGGAGCCACAAAAUGUUCUAAUGGAAUACAACUGA